CACAGAAGUCACGUUCAGGUGACGUAACCCUCAGCCGGUUGGAUUUCCGUUCAGACCUUCAGGAGAUGUAGAACCUUAGCAUGCUGUACGUUUCAUUCAUCGACUAAAUAGGCAAAUGCUCCCAAAGGUAACAUUUAAUAAUUUCCCACCUGAGUGACACCGGUUUUAGCUAGAGAAUGCUCUACGUUAUCUGUUCUGGGACGCCGAGAAGUUGCUUAUUUGCCUCAAAGAAGAAGAAAGUGYAGGUUUAAGCUAACUCGUAAACAUUACUCCGCUAACGCUAAGUUGAAGUGACGCGCAAUUUGACGGGCACGAGCGUAAACAUUUUAAACUAGCGGAAGAGUUUCCAGAAUUGAAACCACAAGCUGUGUGUUUAGUUUAACGUAAAAAUGCAACGGAGGGUUUGUUGAGCAGCUAAUGUGGGCGGCGUUAGCUUUAGCAAAAAAAGAGCGUUGCUUUGGGAGAGUCAGCUGACAGCCUUCUGCUGCCAACAGCCCCGGUGAUGGAUCAACUCAAAGUGAAGGACCGCAUAUUGGAAAACAUCUCGAUGUCUGUCAAGAAGUUACAGAGUUACUUUGCAGCCUGUGAGGAUGAAACUCCGGCUAUCCGCAAUCACGACCGGGUCCUCCAGCGUCUUUGUGAACACCUUGACCAUGCUCUGCUGUAUGGGCUGCAGGACAUAUCGUCAGGCUACUGGGUGCUGGUGGUUCACUUCACCAGGAGGGAGGCUGUUCGACAGAUAGACGAGCUGCAGCACAUAGCCACCAACCUYGGUCGAAGUCGAGCAUGGCUGUACCUGGCGUUGAGUGAGAGCUCUUUAGAAAGCUAUCUACGCCUCUUCCAAGAGAAUCAAGGAUUGUUACAGAAGUAUUACUUCAAAAAUGCGUUGGUCUGCAGUCACGACCACCUCACGCUGUUCCUUACACUGGUGUCCGGCCUGGAGUUCAUUCGUUUUGAUCUGGAGCUGGAUGUGCCCUACCUGGAUGUAGCUCCGUACAUGCCAGAGUACUACAAACCGCACAACCUGCUGGACUUUGAGGAAAGGCUCCCCAGCUCGGACAGCUUGUCUCUGCACUCAUUCACCUCCCUGACCUCCACCAACCUGGAGUGGGACGACAGCGCCAUAGCUCCCUCCAGUGAAGAUUAUGAUUUUGGUGACAUGUUCCCCGUGUUGCAGUCAUUGCCAAGUGCAAACUGGGAAGAGGGUGACUUGACCGACCAGGUCAGCUGCCCACGGUCGACUGGCUCUGAUCCCCAGACGGUCGUCAGUGACACAGUAGUUGUCACCAGCACAGCGGUGGGGAAAACUGCCGCUCGCCUUUCCCCAAACAGCCCCACAUCUCGACACAACCCGUUCAACGAGGACUCUGACACGAACACCUCGGCAGACGUCACACCAGUUCAUGCAGCCAGCCGUCGCAACACCACCGAAGAUGAGACCGAGGUCAAUGGCAAUGAGCUUGAAGUCAUCAGGAUGGCUAAGCGAAAGAAGCCAGCCAAGAAGCGACGUGGCAGGGGAUCUACGGAUUCCAGCAGCAGCAUCCAUGCCUCGCUCUCUUCUGAACAUGUGGAGAUUGUGAACCACAACACGUUGCAAGAAGUUGACUCAAUAAGCUCCACUGUAGCGCUACUGGACAGUGAAGGAGAGCAGAGCAGGAGCAGGAUUGGGUCUGCGAUUGUAGAGGAAGGGGGCGAAGAAGGGGUGGAAGGCUUGCUUCGACUCCCAGAGAUGACAGACACCUCCAUGGACRCCGUUGGACAACCCCUCCGUGAUGUCAUGGAGCGGCUCAACGGGUCCUGGGCGCCCCCCGAGGAACAGGAGGACAAAAACAAUCAAAGCUGUGAUCAGAGCUCCCAGCCUCCGGUGCAGCAGCCCUUUCGCAACGAUUCCGAAGGAAAACCUCCUGACCCAACUCCACGAGAGACGUUUGACUCCUCUCUGGCCGACAGACCAGACCGCCUGCAGACCUCUCCUGUGUCUGCGGACCUAUGCUGCGUUACCACCGACAGUCCAGAUUCUGCUGACACAAGUGGUGGCCACAAUGACUCUACAGAGCAAAGCCAGUCACAGACUCUUUCAGGUAGCCUUGAAGAUGAGGAAGAAGCAGAAGAGCCAGCAGGACGAAAGCCCCACAUGAAGGAAGAGGAAGAGAUGGUAGAGGGAGAUUCAGCAGGCAGAACAUCUGAAACGGAGCAACAGGAGAAACUCAGUCCUUCUGAGAUUUCUCACCCAGCAGAGUUCAAGGUGGACAACAAUCACCUGCUUCUUCUCAUGAUCCAUGUGUUCAGAGAGAACGAGGAGCAACUUUUCAGAAUGUUGAGAAUGAGUACAGGUCACAUGGAGGGGGACCUGCAGCCUCUUUAUCUGCUGCUGACUGACUGUUACAUCUACUUACUAAGAAAAGGAGCAGCUGAAAAACCCUACACAGUAGAAGAUGCUGUUUCCUAUAAYGAGCUCGACUAUCUCUCUGUGGGCCUUGACCAACAGACAAUAACGCUGGUUUGCACCAACAGAAGAAGGAAGUUCCUGUUGGAUACAGCUGAUGGCUCGCUGACUGUCUGGUUCCUGUCUGUGCUGAAGUCCGCCAUGGUCCAGGGUUGUCGAGAGCCUCCAUAUCCAGCUGUUCUGACAGAUGCCACCAUGGAAAAACUGGCCUUGAAUAAGUUUGUCUCUCAGGAGAGUCAUUGUGAGGUAUCUGAAGUGUCUAUCCAGCUUUAUUCACUGGUUCACUGGGAGGACCCAAUGGAUAUGAACAUGUCUCCCCAAGGAGGCACACCCACCUCUGGGGUCCCUUCCAGUAUCAAAGAAGGUUCUCUGCAGUACAGGUCUGGGAUCACGUACCUCGGUAAAGAGAUGUGGAAGAGCUGCUACGUCAUCCUCAGCAAAGGGGUCCUGUACUUGUAUGCAGAGAGGACAGAUGUGACCCCUCUGAUGUCCGUCACCAUGGGAGGGGAACACUGUGGAGGGUGCCGUCGCUCCAACAACACAGAGCGUCCCCACGCCUUCCAGGUCAUCUUGACAGAGCGCCCCCCACUGGUACUCAGUGCCAACAAUGAGCAGGACAUGGCCGAAUGGAUGCAGCUUCUCUGUCAGUCUGUUUCCAAAGGGGUUAUCCCUCAGGGUGUGGCCCCCACCCCGUGUAUCCCAUGUUGCCUGGUGGUGACGGACAAGAGGCUGCUAACUUGUCACCAGGAUUGUCAGACGAGCUUUUUCCGUUCGCUGGGCAGUGUCGAUAUCUGUGACGUGACCACUGUGAUCUUGGAGCCCGACAAGGAAUACUGUGUUAUAGUGAGUGAUCUUCUGUUUACCUUUGUCUGCGAUUGGUACGUCAGAAAAUGUCAAUGUGUGUUUUAUUAAUACUUUAGGUAACGGCUGUUUCAGCUGUCAAGUAGUUAAUUUCUUUUACAGAAUAAAUAAGGACUGUGAAUGACACUUAAACARUUUCUAUGGUAACCAUAUCUACUUGAGUUAUCAGAAAAUAGAGCAGUCAAUAACCAAUUCCUUUGUAUUCAAAUAUUGGUUUAGAUUUKCUAAUCAUACAUGAYGCUUAUUGAGUUUACAGGGUUCUUACAAAGGUCCUGAAUUGUCUGGAUCUUUGACGAUUUUCCAGGACUUGAAAAUGAAAUGGAUUAUGGAAAAGUGUUUUAUUUUUUAAGGCAAUACAUUUAAUAAUGUUUAUUAUGUGCACACUAUGGUUUUACAUUAAUUUAUAACAAAUUGACAUUCUUCAGCUUAUAUUUGCCACAUCMAACCUUUAUUUUUGGUUUCGUAACUKUGUCACUGAAUUUGCACUCAGUCAUKAAGGAAAAAGGCCAAUUAUAUUAUUUUUAGGACUUCAGAUAACUUCAGAUUCAGGCUUAACUUGUCCUAUGUUCCUUCGACUGUGGCUUUUUAAAAUACCAAUUAAUACCAAUUAACAUACUAAGACUGCUACAGUAAAGAUACCACGGUUCUCAAAUUGUGCUUUGAAUCAUUUCCAUCUAUCAUCUGAUAUCCCAAUCCAUAACUGA